GUCAUAGCAGCAACAGUGAGAUUGAGAGCGAGCCGCAUCCUGAGGUGAGAAAGCUUAAACUGGAGUGGAUUGUUGUCCACGUGAUGGCAACCUGCUCUGUGCUGAUUUGUGAGUUGGAACCCAACUAGAAAGGAUAAUGACAUAAAGAACUCGCAUGUGAAGGCGUUUGUCCAGCAGAGACAUGUCCAAUGACAGCUGCGGCCUUCCCUUGGACACAGACGUCUUUGGCCUGACUUGCAUCUAUGGCCUAGUUUUCUCCUUGGGCCUGCCCAGCAACCUGCUGUCCCUGUGGGGACUCUACCACCUGGGUCGCACAGGUAACGGAGGCUGCCAGCGAGUCUACAUCCUCAACUUGCUGCUAUCCGACCUUCUGCAGUUGCUCACCCUGCCAUUGUGGAUCCUGUACCUUCAGGGAGGCCACCGCUGGCCCUACGGCCCACUUACUUGCGAGCUGGUAGGCUACGUGUUCUACGUCAAUGUCUACGCCAGCGUCAUGUUCCUGUGCCUGAUAGCGCUGGACCGCUGCCUGGCCAUCGUGUUCCCAAUAAGCAGCCGCAGGGUGAGGACGAUCAAGGUGGCUGCGGUGUCAGGCGUGGCGGUGUGGAUGCUCACCUUUCUCUUCUGCCUGUUUGGACUUCUGCCGUCUGUUUUCGAACCGGAUCGAUUGCUGUGUUUGGAGCAGUAUCCAGUCAGCCCCAAAUACGCCCACUUCAAAAUCACCACUGUGGCUCUGGGAUUCCUGUUGCCGUGCACCAUACUUGGCUACACCUCAGCCCACAUUGGAGUGACCCUUCGCCGCUCUCCCUCUUUGUCGGCCCACGAGCGCCACAAGAUUGUGGGCAUCUUGGUGGUGAUCACAGUCAACUUCAUUGCCGUGUUUGGACCCUACCACCUGGUGGGCGGGUACAGAUUCGCCUCACUGCUGCAGGCCGACGAGCCGUGCGCCCUGGAGCGCUCCAUCUUCCUGCUCUACCGGCUGUGCUAUGGGAUGACCAGCCUCAACGCGCUGCUUGAUCCUCUCUUCUACAUUUUUCUGUGUGCCGACGCCCGGCUGGAGCUGCGGAGGUCACUACCCUGCUCAUGCCGGGGCCAAAACGCUCGCAAACAGAUCACUUUGACCACAACAGUCCACCAAGAAGCCAAGGAACAGAGGGGAAGUGACCAUAAUAAUCUUUCAGUUGCAUAGAUCAGG